GAUUUGCGUUUAGAGCUGCAAACUGUUCAUCGCCAAGCAGCUCUUCGAUUCACAUAUAAUUUUCUGAAAUGGGCUGUGAGUUGCUAAUUUGUUUGUCGAACCGCAGAUCAACAAUUUGAGUUAAUGUGAGCUGAACAUUUGAACCGAUUCAGAGCUGAUUUACAAUAGCUAUUGGCUACAGUCUGUCGGUUGAGCUGCCAGCUGACAUCUGACAUUGACAUACACCGGACUUGACAAUUGGCUUUGUUCAAAAAUUAUUAUAAAUUGUUUUGACUUUUACUGUUCUUGAUUUAAAGAUAUACGCAAAUAUAAAUCACAUUCAAAAAAAUUAUUGAAUCCACACCAAUAUUUCGUCAUAUAUAUAUAUAAAAUGGCUUUUGUUUACCAAGGUGAUUCCGAACUAGAAACCAAGGCUAGAAAAGCUGCUGAAAGGAUUUCUGAGAACAUGCACAUAGUAGCAAAUGAGCCAUCGUUGGCACUCUAUAGACUCCAAGAACACGUAAGGAAAGCUCUUCCUCCCAUGGUAGAAAGAAGAGUUGAAGUAACUAAAUUACAGCAUGAGUUGCAAGGAAGAUGUUAUGAUGUUGAAUAUGCAUUGAGUGCCGUCAAAUCUAUGGAUGGGGCAGCAAACAGUUUUAAGAAUAUUCAAGAGAUGUUGAAGCAAUCUAUUUAUCUUAAGCAACAAUUGAAGUAUGAGGAAAGUAGGAGAAAUAAAAAAGAUACCAGUUCUGUCUACAAACGUCUCUCUGCCCAUAUAGUUUUAGACUUACCGGACUUGUCUGAUUUCUCUAUGGUUCGUGAAACCACUAAUAGGAUAGAGAAUAUGAUGGCACAUGCCAGAGGUUCAAACAAUGAAUUGCAAAGAUCACACACCACAUUACAUUAGAUUCUUCUUAGUCAUAAAUUGGUUAAAAUAGAAAGGUACUGAAAAAUAACAUUUUGUAGUAGCUUUGGGUAGCAUUUUAGAAAAUAGAAAUCAACAUUUCUCCAUAGUAUUAGUUAAAAUAACUUUGGAAAGAACAAAAGAUCACAGGAACUCUCUCAAAUCUCAUAAAAAUAGUGGAGAAAGGAGCUGUGAAUUAUCAUUCUUAGACCGAAAAUCUAGAUUACUUGUUUCUAUAUAAAAUAGUUAAAUCUCGGGAUAAUACUGUUUAAGUCAUGAAUAUUUCAACUGUCAGAACUAAGCAUCUGAAGGGGGUAUUACUAAGGUUUUUUGGUGAAAAUUAUGUACAGUCAAACCUCUAUAAGCGAGAACUAGAUAAUUGAAUUUUCCGUCGACCUCAGUAAGCGAGAAAAAUAUUGCCUUGUCUUUGGUCUAUAGCUUAUCCAGGUUCAACUGUAUUAAGAUUUGCUAGUACUGCCUUUCAAGCACAAUUGCAUUCAAGUCUACCAUUAAGUGUUUAUGUGCACAUUAUAAUGUAACACCUGGCCGAUCUCAUUAUAUUUCUCUAUGUAUUUAUCAUUUCUAGCUUAUAUAUAACAUGGCUUUAUAUCAUGAUCUCAUAUUAACUACAAUAUAUAAGGUAAGCUUCUAGUCAAUUAUGUUAAAAGCAUUUAUACAAAAUUGCUUAAAAAAGGUCAUUGCUCAUUACACUCACCAAGCAGCAAUUUGCUGCGGCUUAAAUACGGCGUUAAAGCUUGGACAACGAGUAAAAAACGUACAUUUUUCUAACAUUUCCAGCUUGUGUCUUGCAAAAAGGGAAGGUGUUCUCGUUGUAAAUAUGUGGAUGCCUUGACACGGCGUGGGUCUAAUGAGCUAUUGAGCUAUAAUAUUAAUUUCACAGCAAACUAUUUGUUA